AUCAGUCCUUGCCGAACUUCGGCUUCUCGAGCCUGGGCGCGAUAACCAUGCUACGCCAAAUGCAGGUAUCAAUAUUGUUUGACCACCGGUGAGCUAAGAUGGGCACACCAUUCCGCCAAACACUGUCCUACAUAUGCAUGCAGCCCUUUCAGGCGCGACAAAUAUGAAGAUCUUGGUCUUGGAGGAGCUGCAUGUCGUGAUGAGUCUUGCAGACUUUCUAUCAAAUCGAAUUGCAACAUGUUAGAGAUAAGAGUUCUGACACUUUGAGGUACACUUACGAGAUCAAGGCAUAUAAAAAGUGCAACACACAACGUCGGCCAACAAAAGUUGUAAGCCGUCUUCAUUAUGACUACCAACUCAGAGGGCCAUCCAAGUACGACACAGAACCCCGACACUGCUCUUCAGGCUUUGCCUGCUCCUUUGAGUUCGCCUAGGGUCUCCAUAGUAGAUCACUACAAUAUCCCAGAAGAUCAGGAGGAGAGUCUUACUACACUGCAACCCACAGCUGUCACUUCACCAGGAGCUCCUCCUACCACAGUUCCAAACGGACACAACCACCAAGGAGAUGUAAUUACUCAGAUAGACGACCCUCUUCACAUCCCUGCUGCUGGUGGAGGUUUGACAGAUACACCUCCCGUGUCUUAUGCCGAACAAAGUGGGUUUCCGCCUGCCGAGCCCAGGCAGUACAAUAUUUUCAGGCGUAGUAUUGCGUGGUUCAAGUCUCACCUCGACCCUGAACUCGUAACGGAGAUCAGAAUGCGUGCUUGUAUUGCAUCUUAUCACCAUAACGAGAAACCUUUGUUCGAUGAGGAAAUGACUUCAAUCUGCUGCAAUGACGCUAUCGUCACAUUGCAAAGUGGAAGGGAGUUGGCAAGCUUUGGCAUAUGGGUCAAGCACGGGGUGGCGAAGAUACUGUUUCGUGGGGAUCAAUUGCUUAAGAGACUGUGCAAACUUGAAAGCCUACCCCUCCUCCGUUGGCUUCGAACAGCGGACUUACAAGCAAUGCUGAGGAAUUCAGACAUCAGCUUGUAUUCAUCAUCACGCAUCGACAAGAUUGUCAGCAUUCUCGUCCCGAUCAUCUUCUUUUGGCUACUCAUUCUUCCGCUCAUAGCUAUCUACCGCCUGAACCACCCACAUACCAGCAGCUCAACCGUCAAAUCGAUCGGUGUCCUUGCCGCCUUCGCAGUCAUCUUCUCUGGUACUUUGUCCGUCGUUACGAUGACUUAAGACACGAGUUUUUCGUGGCACCAGCCGGUUACUGUGCGAUUCUACUUGUGUUCAUCAGUGGGUCAGGAGACGAGAACAACUAGAGUAGAUUACAUCGAUGUGCGGAAGACAAGAGGUCGUUCAAUACUAGUCAUGUUUCCG